AUGCCUGUCUCUGUUCAGCUCCUGGAAGCGUUGGAUGACGCCUGCAAGGAAGAAGACCAGGAGAAGAUCUGCGACGUGCUGGACAGGCUGCAGGAGACCGACCUGGACGUUGACUUCAUAGUGAAGCAUGUGGGAAAGAAAGUGAAGCUGCUGAGGACGCACUCGAGCGCGGAGGUGAAGAAGAAGGCAGUGGCCCUGACGCAGUUCUGGAAGGAGGUGGUCAAGAAGAAGGUGGAGUCGAGCGGGAAGGGGAAGGGGAGAGCGGCGGUGAAGGUCAAGGAGGAGGAAGUGAAGCAAGAGGUUGAUAAUGCGGCGAAGAUCGGCAAAGACUCGAUCGAGAGAUCGGGGAAGAUCGCGGUUCUCCCGGAAAGAACGAGGGCAAUCAAUCACAAGAAUGUUGAAUCCUGUCCGAAGGGGAAGCCUGUCGUUUACUGGAUGAGCAGAGAUCAGCGGGUACAAGACAACUGGGCUAUGCUUUAUGCUCAGCAACAAGCCCUGGAGGCCGGUGCCCCCCUUGCUGUCUGCUUCAACCUCGUCGACUCGUUCCUUGGGGCCGGGCUGCGGCAGUUCGGCUUCAUGCUGCGCGGGCUGAAGGAGGUGGAGGAGGAGCUGAAGGAGCUGAACAUUCCUUUCUUCCUCCUUCGGGGAGACUGCGUCAAGACCAUCCCCAAGUUCGUCAAGGACAACAACGUUGGCCUCGUGGUUCCAGUUUGGGUUGCGUCCGACAAGCAGGAAGUGGGGGCAAGAACCCUCCGCCCGAAGAUUCACAGGCUUCUCCCCAAGUUCCAUCAGAACUUUCCCGCCGUUAUGUCACAUCCUCAUCCUUGGAAGACUUCUCCUCCACCUACUGAUUUCGAGGCUGCCCUAAAGUCCCUCAAGUGCGACGAGAGCAUUCCAGAAGUCACGUGGGCGAAACCCGGGUCAGCAGCAGGCCUUGAGAACCUCUCCAAGUUUCUCAUGCAAAAAUUCAAGAACUUCAACACCAAGAGGAACGACCCGAGCGAGGAGGUUCUGUCCGACAUGUCCCCCUGGCUUCACUUCGGCCAGGUGGCGCCGGCGCGAUGCGCCUUGGAGGCGAAGAGCUUCUCGAAGAUGCACUCGGAGAGCUACGCGAGCUACAUCGAGGAGCUGGUGGUGAGACGAGAGCUGAGCGACAACUUCUGCCACUACAACAAGAAGUAUGACUCGCUUGAGGGGUGCGCGGGGUGGGCCCAGGAGACUCUCAAGGUGCAUGCGGGCGACAAGCGCCCUCACGUCUACUCGCUUGCGAAGCUCGAGGAGGCGAAGACCCACGACGAUCUCUGGAACGCUGCACAGCUCGAGCUGGUGCACAGGGGGAAGAUGCAUGGCUUCAUGAGGAUGUACUGGGCUAAGAAGAUCCUCGAGUGGACCUCGUCGCCGGAGGAAGCGCUCAAGUUCGCCAUCCUGCUCAACGACAAGUACAACCUUGACGGCAGAGACCCCAAUGGCUUCGUCGGAUGCAUGUGGUCGAUUGGUGGCGUUCACGACAUGGGGUGA